AUGCAGACACCAGAAGAAGUCGAGCAGUCGACUGCGCCCGAGUCCUUGACAUCGGGGCGCAGUCGUCAGAAGCCAGCUUGCGAAGAGUGCAGACGGCGCAAACUGCGUUGCGAUGGACAGCAACCGCAGUGCGGCGUUUGUAAAGAGACGGGUGUGGUAUGCGAGGUGAACCCCGUUCGAGCACCUCGAGGCCCCAAGAGAGGAUAUCUAAAGAAUCUACGAAAUCGAGUUUCUAUGCUUGAAAGCAGAUUCGCUGCCCAGUCGCAGAAUCUGGGUACGAAUGAGGCUGGCAUCAGCUCCGGUGAUGUUUUGGCAUCGCCAUUGGCUCCCAUACCGAACUCGAUCCAAGGGGGCAACGUAGACGCUGUUCAAGACAUGUUCUCCAUGAUGGACCCCGCGGUUUCUGAGUCGGAGAUGACCUUGACAAGUCCUCUUCUAGAUCUCGGGACUCUGCACAACCUGAACCUGAUACCCGAGCCGCCGCCUACACCAUCCACCACGUGUCUGAACACCAGCAGUAUUCCUCUUUGUGACUUUACACAAGCGGAGCUAUUAUCCUUGCAAUAUGCCAUGUGGACAUUGGCAUCGCUACUAUCUGGUCAAUUCCAGCACCUGCAAGAGGGCUUCUACCAAGAAGCCAGGCAGAUGCUAGAGUCGUCAAACCCAACCAACAGCGUCCAAGGCAGCACUCUAGAAAUCGAGUUGGCACAGGCUUGGGUGUUGAUUGCUACCUAUGAGUCAAUGAGGACGCACCAUCAGCACGCCUGGAUGAGCGCUGGACGCGCUUUCCGCCUGGUGCAACUGAUGAAGCUGCAUGAGAUUGACAGCCCAACAAGCCCAUCUUCUGCUGCCGAUCAUGAUUCUGUGACAACGGAAGAAAAGCGAAGAGUGUUUUGGAUGGCGUACUUUAUUGAUCAUUUGUUUAGCAUGAAGAAUAAUUCGCCCAUCAGAUUGAAUGAGCACGUGAUCUGCACACGAUUGCCUGCCCAGGAAUCAGACUUUCAAAACGGCCAAAGCACUGUAAUGGAUUUCUUGUCAGACGCGAUAGUAGAUCAAAAUCCAACCACACGCUCUCCAUUUAAUGAGUGCAUCGUCCUGGCAACUAUCUGUGGACGGACAUUGUCGCACAAUCAGCAAUACAACAUACGCUGCUUGCAUGGUGACGGUGAAGCAGACUGGUCAGACUGGGACACUUGGUUCGAUAAUAUUCUGUCAGCAAGGCUCCAGAUUUUGUCCAAGUGUUACCCUUCUCCCACGACAGGAUAUGACCCCAUGCUUCUUUUUGCGCAUGUGAUCGCUCAGGCAUCAGUUAUAUACCUGUGUAAGGAAGUCAAAUCUAUGGUAUGGCCAAACGGGAAAGCCAGAUCGCUUCGUGCAGAGUAUCAACAGCGAGCGUUGAAUGCUGCCGAACAUAUAGUCAAGCUUGCAUAUGCGCUUGUGGAAUUCAGCGUCUUCAAGCUACCCCGGGCUGCUUCGCUGUUGCGGCAACUGUUGGAUGCCCUCAGCCAGCUAAAGAGUGUCAUUAACCCGAAGCAAAAUUACGUUAUGCUUCUGGAUUUGACUCACAUCUUCCCAUUGCUAAACACAAUGGAUAACCAGACAUCAGGGACUGCAAUGAGCCAAUAG